AUGUCAGUUCUAAAACUAAAAUAUGAAUUAAUUUAAAAAAUCAAAAGAACCGAUUUAAUUCCACCAUUUAUCUGCCCAAUCCUUUUUUGUUACAACAUUUUGUUCGGCCAGUCUAUAGGUUUUGCUAAAUUGAUAAAACCAUUUGGUGCAAAAAUACUAAGCUGCAAUAGGCCUUUUUCAAAAAUACAGUGAAAACCCGCAACUAAGAACCUACGUUUUUAGGAGUUAGCCUCAACAGGUUCUUAUAUAAAUGGUAGUUGACAGAAUUUUAGGCUAUUUAGGUUCUUAAAAUGGGUUCUUAAUCCUGGAGAAAAAAGUAGUUAGUAUGCUUUGUAAGUCUACAUAUCUUACACUCAUUUUUCUUUAAAAAACAUUUUUACAACAAUGACAAUCUGCUUUUUUUGCUUCAAAUAUGAUUCUUGCAAUGCAGCUGUAAUGUACUAGUAUGAUUUUAGAAAAUAAGAACCUGUUUCAAAUCUCUUAGGCUAAAUAGGUUCUUGUUUAUAGGGGGUAUAAAUGACCAAUUUUAGGCUAACAGGCUCUUAAUUUUUAGGUUCUUAGUUGCGGGUUUUUACUGUACCAUAAUGACUCUUUGUUGUCCCUCCAAAAUUUUUGGACUUACAAUCGCCCCAAGAGAAAUUGAAAACAAUGCUCAUGCAAAAUUUUGGAGGGACAACAAAGAGUAUUAAUAAUGGUAUUUUGAAAAACGGCCUAUACAUGCGCUGCACUGUAAACUGUGUCACUUCCGAAUUAUAUUUUUUUAUCUUAGGUACCGCUCGUGAUGCACUCACGCCGCAUCGUGGUAUGUUAUUUACCACCAAGGAUGGUGAUAAUGACAAGCUCAGCGGUGCUAACUGUGCCAUGAUUUACAAAGGUGCUUGGUGGUAUUACUAUUGCGACCGAUCUGAUCUGAAUGGUCUGUACCGCCCGAGUAAGGGUAAUAUUAGAGGA